AUGAGCCGGGUCCCGGCGCAGUCUCCUCACACAGCUCCCCAGAUGAGCCGGGUCCCGGCGCAGUCUCCUCACACAGCGGACGACAGCAGCCACUGCGGGGCCCAGAAGCUUAGUGCUGAAAGCAGGUUCAUCGCACAGCCUUAUGGGAGCGCAGGCUGCGAGCUCGCUCCGGGCAGAUUCCGAACACGAGUGUUUGGGAAGAGGCAGCCGAGGAGCCCCGCUUCUGCCCCUGAGGAGGAGCAGACGCCUGAGCUGGGUCCCCCAUCCGCCUCCGGGCCUCCAGAUCCCGCCCUCGGGCCGAUCCCCCGGCUCCCGGGCACCCCCGCCCCCAUCCCACGCCCCGCCCUCGCGGGCGCUCCCGCAGCUCAGGGCGCCGCGCUGGAGGGGGGCCGCAGGAGCAGGUCGUGCUGCUCCGUGGAACUUUAUUCUGGGGCUUUUCUUCUCUGUUGUAGGCUUGAUCCCUACGGGUUUGAAAGGCCUGAAGACUUUGAUUAUGCAGCUUAUGAAGAAUUUUUUUCCACCUAUCUGGUGAUCCUGACUCGAAGAGCAAUCAAAUGGUCUAAACUUCUAAAGGGAAGUAGCCGGGUGCAGACAAGUAUGACAGUGAAGCGCUAUAUCCGAAAAGGCGUCCCGCUUGAGCACCGGGCCCGAGUCUGGAUGGGGGUGAGCGGGGCUCAGGCCCAGAUGGACCGAAACCCCGGCUACUACCACCGGCUUCUCCAGGGAGAGAGGAAUGACAGCCUGGAGGAGGCGAUCAGGACAGAUAUGAACAGGACCUUCCCGGAUAAUGUGAACUUCCGGAGGGGCGCCGACCCCUGCUUACAGAAGACCCUGUACAACGUGCUGCUGGCCCACGGGCGCCACAACCGAGGCGUGGGGUACUGCCAGGGCAUGAACUUCAUAGCGGGAUAUCUGAUUCUGAUAACAAAGAACGAAGAAGAAUCCUUUUGGCUCUUAGAUGCUCUUGUUGGAAGGAUACUGCCUGAUUACUACAGCCCCGCGAUGCUGGGCCUGAAGACGGACCAGGAGGUCCUCGGGGAGCUGGUGAGGACCAAGCUGCCGGCGGUGGCAGCCCUGAUGGACGGGCACGGUGUCCUGUGGACCCUGGUUGUGUCUCGAUGGUUCAUCUGCCUGUUCGUGGACAUCCUGCCCGUGGAGACGGUGCUUCGGAUCUGGGAUUGUUUGUUCAACGAAGGCUCAAAGAUCAUCUUCCGGGUGGCCCUGACCCUGAUUAAGCAACACCAGGCUUUUAUUUUGGAAGCCACCAGUUUCGCAGACGUUUGUGAGAAGUUCAAGGAGAUCACCAGAGGGAGGUUUGUGACCGAGUGUCACACCUUCAUGCAGAAAAUCUUCUCCGAGCCGGGCAGCUUGCCCAUGACCACCAUCACCAGGCUCCGGGAGCGCUGCAGGGCCAAGCUGCUGGCUCAGGGGUGAGUGGGCGCCUCCCACGCUGACCGAGGCUGUGCUGCCAGAGCU